AUGAAGUUAAGAAAGCUUACUUUUAUCGCUAAUGGAAAAUAUUCUUCCAAUUAUAAAGCUAUUUGGACUAAAGGCGAUAUUUUAAGUUGGAAUCAUGAUAAAAAUGACUGGUUCCGUUUUCGAGGUUCAAUUAAUAAUGAUUGGACUUAUUCUCAAAAUAACUCAAGUGGCUCUGGUUUAACUG